AUGUCUGCACUAAAAGAUACGUCAAGUCUACCGGAUCCUAAGUGUUCACAAUUUUGGUCGGAUGAUAAUGGCUAUGACAAGAAAGGUGUCAGAGUUAUGGCUUUGGUUAAAGAUGACUCUUACCAUAGAAUCAGGGAAUUUACUGUUACAACAAACUUGAAGUUGGCAACAUACGGGGGAAACUAUGAUGCUAAAAACAAAGAAAUCAUUGGAAAUGAUCUUCAAGAGGUGACUAUUCUCAAACACGCUAAAAAAUAUGGACUGAGUUCUCCCGAAGACUUUGCUCUAAGUCUUACCAAGCAUUUUCUAGACACUUAUCCAGAUCUUGAAGAAACUCAUGUUCGAGUAGAGGAGAAUCCUUGGGAAAGGCUUGGACAACACAGCUAUGCUUUUUCAUUGACCUCGACUGUCAAACAUUUUUGCGAUGUUGUUCGAAACAGAAAUGAUCCUGAGCCCUUUGUGAUUAGUGGAAUCCAUGGUCUUCGGGUUAUGAAGACAGCCCAAUCUCCAUUUGUUGAUAAUGUAAAAGCAAGGUUUCAUACCGAAGGCGAUCAAAAAGAUCGAAUUAUGUGCGCAGAUGUUUUCGCAAAGUGGCAAUACUGGACUGUGGAUAAUGUUGACUUUACUCGAAAUUGGCACCAAAUUAAGGAUCUCAUUCUUCAAGUUUUUACUGAAAUGACAACAACUAGUAUUCAAUCUAUUUCUUAUAAAAUAGAAAAAUUGGUGUUGAACAAAAUUGAACAGAUAUCAAGCAUAGCAAUUACAUUGCCCAAUACCAGGUAUCCUGAGUGUAAUUUCAGCCGAUUUGAAGAAUUAGAAACAAAUAUUGACAAUUUGAGCAUUUAUCAACCAACCGAAAAAACCAAAGAAAUUGAAUACUCUAAUUUGGAUCAAUUAUUAUGUGGGAUAAAAAGCAAAAUGUAGA